AUCAAGAUUCCAACCGACUCCUGCAUCCUUCCAAACCAACAUUUUCGAGAAACCCCCCAAAAAACAGACGACAAAAUGUGUGCCUUGGUCCCUCCGUUGUUCGCCGACUUCGGAUGGCCGUCGGAGGAGCAAAUCUACGGCGGCGGAUACAUAAACGCCGGCGAGUUUCUCGAAUUUCCGGCGAGUUUGGGAUUGUCAAACUCCUCGGAGGGAGACGGGAAGAGCAACGGCAGGGCGGUGGCGAAGAAGAUGAACCACAACGCCAGCGAACGCGACCGCCGCAAGAAGAUCAACGCCUUAUUCUCGUCUCUUCGUUCACUCCUUCCCCCGUCCGACUGCUCGAAGAAGUUAAGUAUUCCAGCGACUGUUUCUCACGCGUUGAAGUACAUUCCAGAGCUGGUAGAACAGAUCAAGAAGCUCUUACAGAAGAAGGAAGAGCUCAUGGUAAGGCUCUCUGGCCAAAGAGAUCUCCUAUGUGAAAACGACAAAGAUGAUGAGAAGAAGAGCGAACCGACAAAGGCGACUGGUUUUGGAUCGAUUGUCACAGUGGCGAGAAUCAAUGAGACAGAAGCGGUGGUCCAAAUCUCAUCGCUCAAGGCUCACAAAUGUUCGUUUCCGAAUGUUUUAAGAGGUCUCGAAGAGGAUGGCUUCGUUAUAAUAGACGCUUCUUCUUCGCUGUCUCGAGGAGAUCGGCUCUUUUAUACUGUACAUUUUCAGGCGGAGGCUCAUCACAAGUUGAGCUGCGGAGAUUUAAGAGACAAGCUGCUGUCUUUGAUUUGUAUGAGAGAUGUGUGGAAAUCAGUUUAAAUGCUUUAGUUUACAUGUCUUAAAUUGUUUGUUCUUAGUUAACUAAUCAUGUUCUCUAAUCACACUACAAAUCAAAGGUGUUAGUUCUAUAAUUAGUGUCAAUUUCCAAUCUCACCA